UGACUUGUCUCUGCUACUAUUGAUGGGUGAGAUCUCUGAAUCUGAUUUAAACCUUUCCAAAUCCAUGGAGGAAGAAGUUGUUGUUAAUAUCAAAGAAGGUGGUGAGGUCAUAACAGAAGAGGACAUCAAUUCUCCAGGUUCUGGUUCUACAUCAACAAUCAAAAGAAAAGGAUCAGGCUGCUCUAUCUCUGUACCUUUCUUGCAGAAGUUGCUAGCAGAGGUUUUGGGUACAUAUUUCUUGGUAUUUGCCGGGUGUGCGUCGAUAGUGGUGAAUGUUAUCAAAGACGGUCAGGUGACUCCCCUUGGGAUAUCGAUGGUGUGGGGACUUACGGUGAUGGUCAUGUCCUACUCUGUGGGUCACAUCUCUGGCGCCCACUUUAAUCCCGCCGUCACCAUCGCCUUCGCUACCUGCGGCAGAUUUUCAUGGAAACAGGUACCAGGCUACGCAGCUGCACAACUCCUGGGAUCAAUACUGGCAAGCGUAACCCUUCGAUUACUGUUUGGUGCGGAGGAGAAUCAUUUCUUUGGGUCAGCACCGACAGGGUCAAACAUGCAAUCGUUCGUGUUGGAGUUUAUCAUCGCUUUCUAUCUCAUGUUCGUUAUAUCUGGUGUUGCAAGUGACAAUCGAGCGAUUGGAGAACUCGCUGGGCUUGCAGUUGGGACAACUGUCAUUCUAGAUGUGAUCUUGGCGGGGUUAAUAUCGGGAUCAUCAAUGAACCCUGCGAGGAGUUUGGGGCCGGCCAUUGUUUUGAACCGUUACAAGUCAAUAUGGGUGUACAUAGUGGCACCCAUCUGUGGGAUGAUUUGUGGUGCAUGGGCUUACAAUCUUAUCAGGUUUACGGACAAGCCCUUGCGUGAGAUCACAAGGAGUGGAUCUUUCCUCAAGAAUGCAGGCUCAUUAAGGAAGAUCUCCAAUGCAAAGAAAAAAGCAAGAGAAUCUCCUAUGUAG